UUUGGAUUUCCUGUUAAGUGAAGCCUGCUGGUACUUGUUAUUAAUUUUACAAGCAAGAUUUGUAUUUAAUUAAAAACAAUACAUAGCACAAGCAGGGCUUUGUGUGAAUCAAUUAACAUGACCUGUCAUAUAUUGAUUAGUUAUUCUAAUAUUCUGUGUAAUUCUGAGCCAAAGAUCAUUCGUGUAUUAUGUGCAUAUUUGUAGAUUCUAUAGUCGCGUUAUAUAGUGAGAUUUUUCAGUUUUGUUGUUGCAUGUCAACCGCAAGCAGAUAGCUAGAAAAAGUCACAGAUGUGAGGUGGUGAAAAUUAAUAUACAUGUGUAAAUGCAUAUAUAAAAGUUGUCAGCUUAAAGACAAGUUUGGAUUGAAUGGGGAAUUUCCAAAUUUCCCGGGACAGAUCAAGCCGAAUGUCAUCGUCUGAGAUCUGAGAUUUCGCUCCCGAUUGGCGCCCACUCAGAUUCUUGGUAUAAAUGCUGAAAGAGCUUUCAGCUCAGAUCAUUCGUGGAAUAGGCAACAUGGAAUCACUAGCAAUACUUGGAUUGAGCUUGCUUUGUAUCGCAGUCGGUGCGCAAAGAACUUACGAUGGAAGCAAUGGAAGCCAGCAGGUUUUAAUACGCGGUCAAAAUGAAGGCAGCUACCAGGUGCCUGGUGUGGCUGGUACAUUCCAGAACACGCCUGGGGGAUCGCACAGCUAUACCGACGAGCAGGGCAACACCUAUGUGCAUAAAAAUAAUGGAGCCGGCGAAUCAGCUACCCAGCACGAUCGUGAUCCCACAGUCCGGGCUUAUCGGGGCACUCGCAGCGACGUAGUGAGUCGUCCAAAUCGCGAUGUUGCCACCAACAAGCCUGAUUUCCGCGAUGGCUCCGCUCAUAAGGAACGAGAGUGCUUCGAUUUGGAAAAGCCCGGAACACAGGCAAUAGGUAGAUCCGAACAAAUCACCGAAGAUGGCAAAAGAAUUAAGACAAGCGAAUAUUACGUCGAGAUCGAACGAGUCUGUUUCGACUUCUAUUAUGCCGAAAAAAACGAGUACAUAAAUUCUAGGUAAUUUGUAAAGUCACCAAAAAAUUACCCGGCGUUGCAAGUGGCACCAAAUUACAUACGUUUCUUUGUCAAUUUUACAAAUCGUAACAUUUUUAUUUCGAUUUACUUUAUUAACAAAGUUGAUUCUCUUUUAAAAUAAAGUGAAAGUUAAAAAUU